AUGGCUCCAAGAUUGCGCAGUGCGCUGGCAAAGAGCCUGUCGCGUCCAUUGGACAUCAGCUCUGUCUUUUACUGCCCCUCAUGCGCGAUCUGGCGACGAACCUUGUCCUUGCGCGCCAACACCAGUCGCAGCCUCGACACACCCCAUACAUCUCGACGGGUCGCCAGAGCUCAAAAUACAAUCACAGCAUCGGCUCCCCGGAUAUUCAGCACAUCCACUGUUAUCACUGCGAAGAGCGUGCCGCCGCGGUUCAAGGAGCUGCAUGCCGCCCUCGAGGAAGUGAAGGAUGCCGCCCUAGAACAAGUGAAUCUCAGUCGGUUGCAAUUUGCACUGCGGGGAUUGGAGUCUGAAACGCCUCUGAUCAGAGUAGCUGUUCUUGGAUUGAACGAUGCGACCUCUGCACGCAAACUUGUUCGACUACUACUUGCCGACCCAUUGUCGCCGCGAGAAAACUGGGAAGACAUUCUCGACUCCUACGAUGCCGAUUCAUCCCGGGGACUGCUGAUCAGAUAUGGCGAAAUCUCACAAUCCAUCCCCAAUGACCUGCUACCGACGAUAUCCGUGCCAUCACCUAUCCUGAGGGAAGGCAACUUAGAGAUCCUAGUCAGCACCCUAGGCGUCGAGCCUGAUCACGCCGCUACGUUCCACGCCGACACCUUCCUCGUCCCCACAGUUACCAUCCAGACCUCGCACUCCGGUCGGCAUAAUGUUGUUCGGUAUCCAGUGCACCGCACGAUCGUAUGUGGACGUGGAGUGGAUGGCCUGCUGUCGUACAGCACGAUGGUUGGUCAUUCAGACCUGAAGAACGAGGCCUCUUCGGUGCGCGGAGCCAUUGAACUUGCAGUGGCAGACCAAAAAUCCACAAACGAGCAAGUGUCCCUGGUAGAUGUCAACCGUGCCAGCACAGCCCUGGAUAAAUUCCGUGAAUCUGUGGACAAUGCUACCGACUACGAGCGUGGGUGGAAUGGCAGUGGUGUGCAACCUCUCAUCGAUUGGCUUGUAACUUCCUCGGAAGCAUCCACUGGGGAUGCGUUGAAUCCAGCACUGGUCCCUCUAGUGGAGUCCCUUAUUGACGCAGCCGAUGCUAGUGUAAUCGCCAGAGACGCCAAGGCGCUCCUUGAUCAAACCGCCGGCGUAGCGCCUGAAGAGGUUCGGUCGAACUUGGACCGAGCCGUAACUUCCUGGGCGGAGCGUGCUCACUCUGAGCUCCGCAGUUCCCUCGAGGCAGGGCUGGCCAGUCCACGCUGGCGCGGUCUUGCAUGGUGGAAACUCUUCUGGCGCGUUGACGACGUGGGCAUGGUUACAUCCGAGAUUUUGGAAAGGAAAUUCCUUCGCCAGGCGGAGAAGGAGGUCAUCUGGACCGUGGGCAAGUACCAGCAGGCUGGCCUAUUAGAAGAGCCUUCAACUUCAAGCCCCGACUCGGCGACGGACUCUGUCAUGCCUCCCUGGCCAACCCAAAUCCCUGAUCUUCGCACCAAGCUGCUCACCACCACCGUGCCAUCCCUCCAAGCCCUCGCUCAGAGUCUGGUACUUUUCAGCGUGUCCACGACGACUCUGACUUCUGCUCUCUCCGCUCUAACGUAUGUCGCUAUUCCAUCCGCAGGGGUGUACGAGUCAUGUACCCUUGCCGCCGUGGGUUUGAUUUACUCUAUGCGUCGCCAGCAGAAGAGGUGGGAUAAAGCUCGUGAUUUCUGGGAGGACGAGGUCCGCGAGGAAGGACGCACGUCGCUGCUGGAUACUGAAGCUGCUCUUCGCGGUAUUGUGCGGGAUGGCGGCAAGACUGUCGAGGAGUUUUCUGAUCACCGUGCCCGAAAGUCUGUUGCAAGAGCGAGAAAGGCGUUAGAGGAGGUCAAGCUGUAG